UGAGGCUCAAGAAGAGAAAGAAAAAAAAAAACCCCAGUUGAGACAGGAAGCUGGUUCAGGAACUCGGUGGUUCCUGAUGUGUAAACUUGACGGCAGAGGCAGCGUUAUCUGAUUAGAGCCUCUGCCGGGGCAACUGUGAGCAGCUGCCCGGCUCCCAGCCAGGCACCGCGUCCCUUUCUUUGCCGGCUAAUGGAUCCCAACAGGUCCCUUUCCUUGGGCAUGCUUCUGUUUCUUUCCCUGGCUUUUGAAUUGAGCUACGGAACAGGUAGAGGUGUGAUGGACUGCUCGGUGAUCACCCAGCCACUGGGAAGUGACAUGUGGCUGCCCCUGACAAAUCAGAUAAAUAAGAGUGGUAACAAGAGCGUCCGAAUUCUUGUCACGAUGGCAACGUCUCGAGGAAGCAAAACCAACAAGAAAAUAGUGUCUUUUGAUCUUGCGAAAGGGGGCUAUCCAGAUCAUCUAGAGGACGGUUACCAGUUCCAACCAGAAAACCUGAGCCUGGGGAUCCUGGCAAGCAGUAGGGAGAAUGAAGGAUGGUACUUUGUGAGCUUGGAGGAGAAUGUGUCUGUUCAGCAAUUCUGUAUGCAGCUGAAACUUUAUGAGCAGGUCUCCACUCCAGAGAUUAAAGUGCUAAACAAAACCCAGGAGACCGAGAAUGGAACCUGCAGCUUGAUGUUAGCCUGCAAGGUGAAGAAAGGGGAUCAUGUGGCUUACAGCUGGAGUGACGAGGCAGGCACCCGUCUGCUGAGCCCAGCCAACCAGUCUCACCUCCUGUACAUCACCCUUAGCAACCAGCAUCAGGACAGCAUCUACAACUGCACUGCAAGCAACCCUGUCAGCAGUCACUCUCGGACCUUUGACCUAUGGCAGGAGUGCAGGCGAGAAUCCUCCUCCGAGUCAAGCUCAUGGCUACCACAGACUGCUGUGCCUUUAGGCGUCAUUAUAGUCAUCAUCCUGAUUCCUACGGCAGUGAUGAUGCUGAAAAAACAAGGUAAAAAGAACGGCCAGCCACCAGUGGAAGAAAACAGCCUUACCAUUUAUGCCCAAGUACAGAAAUCAGGGCCUGUAGAGAAGAAACUUGAUGAUGCCCUGACUGAUCAGGACCCCUGCACGACCAUUUAUGUGGCUGCCACAGAGCCUGCUCCAGAGUCAGUCCAGGAACCAAACCCCACCACAGUUUAUGCCAGUGUGACACUACCGGAGAGCUGACCCCCAGACACCCGGUGAAAGGACUUUUUGAAGGAAGACGGAAGAAUAAAAAUACACACUGAGCCUGCCCGUAGGUCCCAAGUUCUCUGUGACGGGAGCUGCACGUCUGUACCCAUCUCCAAUCAAUUCCCUGGUGACCGCUCUGCACAGGCGUAUCUGUGGACAAGGCAGCGAGGCUUCCCAAGCAGGCAACCUGCUCUGCAGCUCACACAGACGGAGCAGAGAGCUCCUGAUACAGCAUUGCAUCUUUGUUGUAGCAGACAAAAUAGACGAUGUGAGUUCAAGCAUCUCACUAUUUGCUGGGUUAGGUAACAAAACCCAAAGAAAAACAGCCAGGAUAUGAAACAUCUGUCUCAGACGGCUGAGCACAAGGCACAAAGUCUGAAGAUGUCUCAUUUGACUCUCUGCUUUAUUCUGGAAGAUGAUCCCAGUUACCUCAAGACCUGAUCAAGGCUCUGUGUCUCAGUUUCCCUCUCACUCUCCAGAUGAAGCGACGUACGAAGAAUGAAUUCUUUGUUGCCUGAGGUCAUUCUAUAAAAGGACCAGUAUUUUUUGUGAUUUUUUAUUUAAA